AUGGCCUUUGCUGUGGCGCCGCCGACGUCACACAGGGGAGGCUGGGUCGGGGUGGCCUCCGCAUCUGCCAGCUCAACAUCGGCACAGCAGAAGGCUGCGCUUUCUGCUUCAGCUUUGGCAAUAUGGGCGGCGAGGGGAGUCCCUCUGUUGGGGCGGCCACUGCGGACCAUGCAUGCCCAAAGGUCCAACGAGGUGACAAGUGCCCUCCGCGAGUCGGCCUCUGGCAAGGAGGCAGCUCAGGCCUUGCGGCGCCUGCGCAGUGCGCUGCCUCGAUCUCCCCAGGCCCAGCGGGACUUGGUGGAGGUGCUUGCCGAACUAGUGGUGCGGGUUGAGCUGGACUCGUCGACCUUGGUGUCAGCCCUCAUCCCGGCAGCCAACGCGCACGCUGCCUUCACAAGAUCUGCUGCGCCAGCCGAACUACUGGAGCGGUUUCACCAGGCCAGCAAGCUGCGCGCGAGGGUCUGCUUGUGGGUUCUGUGUUUGGACAAGGUAUAA